AUUUCUUCAUCAUUUAUUAGCAUUAAUCAAUGGCCACUUCCAAAACUUCACUUCUCCUCCUCCAACUCUUCCUUCUUGCAGCAGGGGUACUUUCGGAAGACGUGAUAUUCCAUUUUGAGAACCAAUGUCCAUAUUCAAUAUGGUUAUCCUCAAACCCACCCAUCGGAGACGCUGACCCGGAGAGUCCACCGUACACUCUCGAGAUCUUCAUUAUGCCCGACACAUGGACUGGCUCCUUGUGGGUUCGCACCAAGUGCUCCAACGACCAAGACUACCACUUCACCUGCGAAACCGGCGAUUGCGGGUCAGGCACCAUCUUCUGCGACUCCUCUCCACCGGCUCUUCCCGUCACCCUCCUCAACUUCGCCAUCAACAACUCCGUCGUUCACUACGCCCUCAGCCUCGUACACGGCUUCAACAUUCCCAUCCGAAUCCAGCCCGAUGGCGGCCACCUCGUCGACGGCGGCUUCGGUCUCUGCCCCACCGUCGACUGCGUCCAGGACUUGGGCAAUGUCUGCCCCUCGUUUCUCGUCGCCAAGAACAAGGACGGCGCCUACGUCGGAUGCUAUAGCGCGUGCGAUGCCCUGAAGUCGCCGGAGUAUUGUUGUAGCGGUUCGGAUUGUCAACCGGAUCAGUACUCGGCGAAGUUUAAGGAAUUGUGCGGUUCGGCGCAUGUAUAUCCUGGGGAUAAUACGCCGCCGACGUACGGAUGUACUGGUUUUUAUACUAUUAAUGUAACCUUCUGUCCCAUAAUUUAA